UACUGGUAUCGAAUGAAGAGAAUAUUGUUGUGAAUAGGAUUUACUGGUCCAUGGUAACGGUACGCUAUGAUCAAAGGAAUGCUGUGUGAUUUGAAUAGAUUGCUAUAAGGUAUCGUUAAGCUCAUGGUAGGCACUUCAUCAGUCAAUGUGCACUAAUGAUGCACUACUCAAACUGGCUUAUUGGCGUGAAAAACAGGGCAAGCCUCCGCAAUGCAUGUAAAACACUGCCCAGCACCGACUGGGGCAACAGGGCGAAUGUUGUGGACGUGCAGAACAACAACCCACAUUCAAACGAGAAGACAUCCGAGCUGAUGGUCACCGCCCACCUCUGGAGUAAAGGAUACAAAAUAAUUAAGAAAAUUGGGGAGGGCACAUUUUCUGACGUGGUCAAAACUCAGAGCCUGAAAGAUGGGAAGUUCUACGCAUGUAAAACCAUGAAGCAGACCAUUAACAGUCUGGAGCAGGCCAAUAACCUGCGGGAAGUUCAGGCAAUGAAGAGACUGAGCCCACAUGCAAAUAUCAUCCAGCUGCAUGAACUGAUUUUCAACAAAGAAACUGGAACCGUUUCUUUAAUUUGUGAGCUGAUGGAGAUGAACAUCUAUGAAUACAUACAAGGAAGACAAACUCCACUUCCCGAACACACAGUUAAACAAUACAUGUACCAGCUUUGCAAGUCGCUUGAACAUAUGCACAGCUGCGGGAUCUUUCACCGAGAUGUAAAGCCUGAGAACAUUCUGAUCAAACAAAAUAUUCUGAAGCUUGGAGACUUUGGCUCCUGUCGGAGUGUGUACUCCAAGCCCCCACACACGGAGUACAUUUCCACACGCUGGUACAGAGCUCCAGAGUGUCUCCUCACUGACGGCUAUUACAGCUUAAAGAUGGACAUCUGGAGCACUGGCUGUGUCUUUUUUGAGAUCAUGAGCUUAAACCCUCUCUUUCCCGGAACCAAUGAGUUGGACCAGGUUGCUAAGAUUCACGAUGUGCUGGGGACGCCGGAACACAGUGUCCUUCAGAAGUUUAAGCAGUCUAGAGCGAUGCAUUUCAAUUUUCCUCCUAAGAAGGGCUCCGGGAUCUCACGGUUAAUCCCCAACUGUCCAGCCCCGGCCCUGUCGCUGCUCUAUCAGAUGCUUGCCUACGACCCAGACGAACGUAUCACUGCGGAAACAGCUCUGCGGCACACGUACUUCAGGGAAAUCAGACUGGCAGAGAAGAAAGCCGACACCCUUCACAGAGUUUCUGGGAUUGUGGAUGGAGUAGGGAGUGGUGAAACGCACAGCUCCUUACAGCACAUCUGGCGUCAAACCAGACUUGGCAAACAGCUGAGGGGAAGACACACAAGACAAACACCUUUAAUGAGUCACAACAUGAAGCAUGUAGCAGAGCCCGUCAUCAGACGGAACGUCGCUCAUUACUCCUCGGAGCUGCCCAAGCUCAACAUGGUCGUACCAGGACCUCAGAUCUCCUUCCCAGUCUCCACUGUGCCUGCAUUCACGGUCACUCACCGAGGCACGCUGCCAGCCAUCACAUCUAAAAAGUGCCAGUCACGGUUGGCAAAGCCCCGGGAUGAGUCACACCGCACAGCUUUUAAGACCUACUACAUGCCACCUCUGGAGCGGAAACACGGAGGCUUCUAAAAGCCAAAACACUUCCAUGUCUUAAAGAAACCUUUUCUGAAAAGGGGGAGAACAAUGUUUGAACAGACCUGAUGUUAAAAUCUAAAAGCAACACAGAAAUGGAAGAUAAAAUGCAAUGGAGACCACAAAUCCUGUCAUUACCAUCUGUAAUGAAAUGUUUAACCCUGAUUGUAAUGUUGAAAUUCAAUGUGAUCCAGACUCUGUACUCUCAUACUCAUUAUGUUGGAUUGAUGGUGUAUUUUAGGUACUCGACUUGGUCAGGUAUCACAUGUAGAUACCUGACAUGUAGACUAUACUUCAUCUGAGCCCAUUACACAAGCAAUACAUUGUUGGACGAGAGGACAGCUGGUAACUAUGGGGAAUUCAUGAAUAUGGUUUAGUAGGAAACAUGAUCUUCCUGGAAAACAAUAUGGAUAUUUUUAAGUUGUCACACCCCUUACGCUUUGAACUUUGAAUCACAAGGGAUAAAGGAAACCGUUGACCCAGUAAAAUCAUGGGUAGUAGGAAAAAAAGUUUCCAAGCAUUGAAAUAAAAGCAACAAAAGACAGGUGAACCACUGAGGAAAGCACAGAUAAAACAUGCAUUUCAGUAAAAACAUGUAAAAUUAAUUCUAAUGCAGUGGAUUCCUAAACCAGCUGUAACUCAAAGUCGUAAAGCAGACGCACACCAAGGCAGGGUUGGAUACUGUGAAUGAGCUCCAUGAAAAAGAAGUUAUUGGAAUGUACUUUUCAUGACCAACAGUAAUGUGUGGGCCACUACACAGAUCAGCUGUGCAUGUAAUGAACAGCUGUUUUUGUAGGUAGGAGGUUUUUUUAAUGCUCUUCGAACCACAACUUGAAGGCUUCUCAUAACACCUGUGACAUUGCUACUCAGAGCUGUGAGCUCAUUAAAAGGAACUCAGUGGA